CGUCGUGCUGUCGUGCAAGGUUCUUUCUUGCGCACCCAGCCUAGGUCAAUUGAGUCAAGUGUUUGCACAUAUCGGUAUCCCCGGUCACAAUGGACGCGGAAAAAUCGACUUUCAAGUCAUCAACUGCAGAUGUCCCCGGAGACUCUCUCAAGCCAUCUUUGGACGAGCGGUCCGGUUCCGAAUCCGAUGCUGCGGAGCGACCACCACCACCGUUGCUGGCGAAAUUGAUCGCCGUGCUGUUGAUCUCAUGCAUUAGCUUUGGAUCGCACUGGAGCUCUGGGGUCACCGGUGCUAUGAAAAGCACCAUAAAGAAGAAAAUGCAUAUAGACAACGUUCAGUUUUCGCUUCUGGAAGCGAGUGAGGAUUUCAUGGCUACGGUUCUGCUUCUGAUCAGCGGUGUUGUUACUGAUCGCGUGGGAGGCGCUGGCAUGAUUGUCUACGGAAAUAUUGUAUAUACAAUCGGCUCCAUCCUCGUCGCCGCCGCAGCCACAGUGCGCUCCUUCAAGUUUAUGGUCGGCGGCAGGGUGAUUCUCUCGCUGGGGGACAUUUCCACCCAGGUUGCGCAGUACAAAAUGUUCUCCUCGUGGUUUCCGCCCAGUAACGGGUUUGCAUCUACACUUGGCUUUGAGCUCGCGAUAGGUAAAAUUGGAGGCUUUGUGGGAAAAUCCACCGCGAACGUGAUCGCAAAGAAAACGGGUAACUUUGCCUGGGUUUUUUGGAUAUCAGUGUUCAUGAACAUAUUCACCAAUGUUGCGACCGUGGUAUUCUGGUUUUUCACCAGGUACUGCAACCGCCGAUAUAGUGGCCGGCGCGAUACUGCCACCCAGGAGCAACUCACGGAGAAGAACAAAAAAUUCGAAUUCCAGAAGAUGCUGCAGCUGCCAUGGACUUACUGGAGCGUGCUUGCCUUUUCACUGUUCCAGACCAGUGCGGCCUUGGUCUUCAGCCAGAAUGCCACGGAGCUGGCUGAGCAGCGCUUCGACGUCGACUCGAUCAAGGCAGGGUGGUAUAGCUCCUUGUCACAGUAUGCAGGCUUUUUCCUCGUUCCCUGCCUCGGUGUUUUUAUUGAUAUUCUCGGCAAUCGAGCCUCCGUCUUAUUUACCUGUGGCCUGGGUAUAUUCCUCAGUAUGGUUUUGGUGAAUUUUGCGCCGUCCAAGGCCGGGACGGGCGCAGCGUUUGGCAUUUACGCGAUUGCUUCUUCGCUGGGCCCUACCUCGAUCAUUGACAGCAUCCGUACCACCCUCUGGCACCAGUCUGUCUUUGGCUCAGCGUAUGCAUUGAAAGUCACCAUGAACAACGCGAUGAAUAUCAUCAUUCGUAUUGUUACGGGUGCCCUCCAGGAUGCGGAUCACAACUCCUAUCGCCGGGUGGUCCAGGUGUACCUCUUCCUUGCUGCGGUGGCGGUCGCUGUUGGCUUAGCGAUCUUAAUCGGGUCUUAUGUCUUUGACGAGCUUUCCAUCAUACAGUGGACCCGGAAGAAGCGAUUGGCCUCGGGGGCGGAAAUCAUCCAGGAGCUGAAGGAGAAGAAUCUCGUCACCCAUCCGGAACGUACUCGACGCACCGCAAUGGCGGGCUUCGCAUUCAUUAUGCUCCUGGUAGCUGGCGGAUGGGUGGCGUAUAUCUGGGGUGCCGUUACGGGUCACAAUUCUUGAUAGUAGC